AUGUGCGGCCAGCGCAUGCCGGCGCGCGACCCCGACUCCCACUUCACAGCCGCCGGCUGCCAGGCAGUUGACAUCCCCGGCACCGUUCAUGCGCAGCCGGCCCCAAUUGCACUUCCAGAUGCAGUUCCAGAGGAACCCAGGCCGCGCAACAAAAUCCUGGCAGCUGCCGCUGAUGCAUAUUGCGCAGCCAGCCAGCUGGCAAUCAGAGCAGGCAUUGUGCGCACGAAUGCCGAGUUCAGCGCGCUGGUCAUUUCAGUGGCGGUCGGCGCUGCAAUGGCGGAUUUCCACUUUGCGAAUCCCGGCUCGCGGCCGGUUCUGGUGGUCACUGUCAGGAAUGUGAGCGCCACAGGCUGCGCUGUGGGCAGGGCGGCAAGCGCGGAUGAGAAGGCCGAGGGCAGAAGCAAACAAGCCCUGGUGGCUGAAGCGGCGUCUGAGGUGCAGCAGUGGCGGCUGCCGGAUAUGCCAAAGCCAAAGCGUCCGCGAGUGAAGUGCGUCAAGACCGGCUGGGUGCACGAGCGCCACCGUGAGAAGCACGCAGCACAAUCUACUGGAGGAACAGCAGAGCACCUUCCAGAGGCAGUCCAAGACGAGCCUGCAGUGGAGACCGUUUUUGCUGGGAGUGCAAGCAGCUUCUACCAGAAAAUGAUCCAAAGCCCCAUUUCACCAAUGAAGGCCGCUGCCCACGCAAAGCCGGUCACUCCAAUGCCCCAAAAGUUGCCGCAGCUAUCGGCGCUGCAGCGCUGGUGUUUCUAA